UUACUUCCCUUGAAAACAUUGAAACCAAAAGAGGAAGUUAUAUUGUUUGGAGAAAAAUAUGAUCACCAUCUACGUAGACAUUUAAAUUUGAGUUUUCUGUAAAUUUACCAGGAUGUUUCAUACACCAGAUUACUAUCACAAUAUAUCCAUGAGACUUUCUGAGGUCCUGCAAUGAAAAUAUGGUGAUGAAGAGGAGAAGGGCAGCUUUACUGAAUGAAAUUAUGCGGACAAUCUAUCACACAUUAAUUGGUGAAAAAUAUACUGUUUAUAAUUUAGGCAGUCACUCAGAAGGCACCACAACACCAGGACUGCAAUCAGAUAUUGACACACUAUUCUGUCUAGAUGAUUGCAAUAUGAUACAGGACUGGUCUGAAUGGACUCUGGGUAAAUAUAACCAAAUGAUGAUCCAGAAUGAAACAACGCCACCUGGUUAUUGUCUUCUACAGUUACUUAGAUCUGAUGCUCCACUUCCUGUUGCACAUGAAAGAGGCAAUAACAUUGUAGAGGAUACACAAGGACGGAUCUUGGUCAAGAACACAAUAAUUGAUAUUGCAAUGCUAGAAGGACACCAGCGACAAGGACCAUCAAUAGCAGCAGCUGCAGAACCAGGUUUUUAUGCAUGUGACUCAGUAGCAGCAUUUCCUUGUAAAUCAUGGCCCCAGUCACCAAGAGCUUGGCUACACCAGCAAGAAACAAAUACAUGGCCAACAGCACUAAUGAAGAGAUAUGCAAAAUCAACAAAGUGUUUUGUUGUUGGUGUUGGCCACAGAGCAAGUGAAAAUGCAGCCAUUGAAUGGAGACUUUCUACCUCAUUAGCUGAACACUGCUUGAUGUUCAAUUUGAAUAUUGCUCAGAUAAAGUGUUAUAUCUUAAUGAAAAUGAUUAUUAAAACAUACAUUAAUGUUGAAAAUCUUUACAAUGAAAGUUACAUUUCAAGUUUCAUAUGUAAAACUGUUUUACUUCACUGUAUAGCAAAUAAACCUUCAUGUGUAUGGAAGGAGUGUAAUAUAUUAAACUGUUUAAAUUACUGUCUAUAUACACUGAACAAUUGUUUAUUGAAUGAACAUUGUCCCCAUUUCAUUGUUCAUGAAAACAAUCUAAUGGCAGGAAAAUUUUCUACUGAAAUCAAACAGCAGUUAUUUGAAAUAAUGUCAACUUUGAUACCAUUUGAUGGCAUUUCUCUUUUUGGAAUUCAGAUUGACAACCUUGGUGAAAGACUUCAGAUUAAGCUCAAUAUGAUAAAUGAAGUAUAUUAUUAUAUACCACAGCCUGAUGAGUGCACAAUGUCUGAAACGAGUGUUUUAUUAGACAUUUUAGCUCAAGAUGUUUUAAAGACAGAGAAGAUAGGAGAUGGAAGUUUAGAUACACUAAUAAAGAACGUGAUACAACUAAAAAGAUACUACAAAGCUGGUGACAUGUUAGAAAAGACAGCAUGCAGACUUCUAAUACCUCUACUUUGUACCUCAAUAGGAUCUCUGAUAGCCUCACAGAACAUUCAAAUUAACAGCACAGUUUCUCCUCAAGCACUUACAUGGACUGAAGCAGGACUGGACUCAGAUGUUGCUUCAAGCAGACUAAAACUUGCAUCUAUAAUGUUCUGUGUAGGCAAUGCAGAAAUAACUGCUUUAAUUCUUUCUCAUGUAGAAGAGCAGUAUAAAAAAGAAGUUAUCGAGCCUGUAUGUUUCUGCUAUGACUUCCACAGACCUUAUAUUAGGAGAGAAUUUUGUCGACUUUCUAGUCAAUAUGGUGUAGAAGCUUUAAAGUACACUGUUGCAUUUUGUGUAAAUUUUUUCACUUUGGAAAUAAACUGUGUACCACAUGAACUUCAGUAUGAAAUGUUUAGGUCAACACAAGAGGACCUGCUACAUAGAGGUAGACGUGAUAACUGGAUGGACUGUGCUGUAGUAGACUCACUUCCAUACCUUUACUUUCUACAAUACAAGACAUACAGUUUCAUACAGAGACCCGAGGAACAGCAACAAGCACUAAUCAAACUUGGGUGGGUCAUUAGAACAGAGCGCAACCUGGGACACAGAGAAACAGCACUGAAUUUACUAGGACAGUGCAUGGAACAGGAGAACAGACCUGCUGAUGCUCUACAAUGUUACAUGUCAUCUUUACACCUCAGAGAAAGAAAUAAUGCUGCUAAAUUUCAUAUCUGCCGGUGUUUGGCUAAUAUAAUCUCAUAAAGAUCUAGCGUAACCUGAACUGACAGGUGACUGAUUUUCAACUGGCAAAAUGACAUAAAUACUUCACAUUUUAAAAAGAUAUUAUUCUUGUUAUGAGCCAGUGAGCUUGUUAUGAGCCAAGGACACCAUUGGAAAUAAACUGGAAAACUUAAUGGGUUAUCCUGUGGUAUAUAUAUGUCUCUAAAUUUAUAGUAUUAUGUUAUAAAAAGGUUAGUUUAUUUUUGUUUGUUUUUUAAAUCAAUUUGAGAUAUAACAUGUAGCUAUUUCUGUGAUAUAAUUGCUUGGAGCUGUUCUUAAUUUGAUAUUUGUAAAGUUUGUAAUCAUGACAUACAUAUUCACGAAUAAAUCUUAUCAUCUUAUUUUA